AUGGUUGACUGCGGCUACGAUAUAAGUGAUUAUAAAGGAGUAGAUCCAGUGUAUGGAAACAUGCUGGAUUUUGAACAGUUGAUAAGAGAAAUGAAAUCUCGAAAGUUACACCUUGUAACAGACUUGGUAAUCAACCAUAGUAGUGACAAGCACAUUUGGUUUGAAAAAUCUGUCAAUAAAAUCGAUCCAUACACAGACUACUACAUUUGGGUCGAUCCAAAAGGAUACGAUGAAAAUGGCAUCCCCAUUCCACCAAGCAACUGGUAUAGUGUAUUCAGCGUGGGAAAGUCUGACAGUGCUUGGCAAUGGAAUGAAAAAAGACGACAGUUCUAUCUACACCACUUUACGGUUGGACAACCAGACCUGAAUUUAAGAAAUAACGCUGUCAAAGAAGAAGUGAAGGAAAUAAUGAAAUUCUGGCUGGAAAAAGGCGUAGCAGGAUUUCGAGUUGACGCACCGAUGUUUUUCAUGGAAGACAAACUACUUCGAGAUAAUCCAUUACCAGAUCCUGGAGUUGGGCUGAGGGCUCUUAUAACAUGUAAAUAUACUUUCAAUCAUCCAGAUACAUUCACGUUCAUUAAGGAAUUGAAUGUAUUUCUGAAAGAAUACGAUCGAAACAGUGGGAAGAAAAUUGAAACGCCACUGAUAGGAGAAACCCUGGGAUCGGUCCCAAUGGUGAUGAAGUAUUUCGGAACAAGACGUUUUCCAGCAUUCCAUUUACCUUUAAAUUUUCUUUUGAGGUUCAUGGGAACGUAUUUGAACGCUCGAGAACUAAAUGAUUUUCUCCACACGUGGUUAGAUCAAUUACCUAAAAAUAAGCCAUCGAGUUGGACGCUUGGUGAUCACGAUGCAGGAAGAAUUGCACAUCGAUUCAGUACAGAGUACAACUACAUAAUGUUAGCAUUAGUCACAAUGCUUCCUGGAACCUGCCUAGUGUAUUAUGGAGUGGAACUGAACAUGGAUCAAAAUAAAUUGGUUCAAAUGAAAGACGAAUACGGUAGAUUCCUUCACCGCACACCAAUGCAUUGGGAUGAUAGCAGAAACGCAGGUUUCUCUACUGGUGAGAAGACAUGGUUACCAGUGAAUCCAAAUUACUGGAAUAUCAAUGUCCAACACCAACAAACACACGAAAACAGCAGUUUGAAUUAUUUCAAAGAUCUAAUGGAUCUGAGAAAAACAAACGCCAUAAAAUAUGGGGAUCUGAAGUUUCACAUUAUGUCGGAUUGGGUUCUGGCUUUCACUAGAACCUACAAGAAAACUAGUUAUAUUGUAAUUUUGAAUUUGGGAACAGACACUCUACCCAUUGAUUGGCUCGAUGAGAUUAAUUAUAUUCCCAGAAACUUGACGGUGGUGGCAUCUAGCUCAAAUUCAGCGUACAAGAAAGGGUAA